UCGUGAUCUCUCUCCUCCAAUCCCGACAAAGUACACCAUCAUCUCCUGCCUUGACGUUCUCCCUCUCUCUCCUCUCCCCUAUCAUAUGCUCCUUCCCCUCCCCAGCCAUCGUCCUCCGGUCCUCCCUGCAACUCAUACACGAGGUAAACCAUUCCAAAACACCAUAAAAUAGUGUUUGAUCGAUCUCCAGUUCUCCACAAGAUCAUCUAGAUCACUCUCUCUGUCCUCAUACUAAAAUAAUCCUUCCAACCGGCCUAUAGUGUGUUUUCCUAACAGCUAGUAGCUCUCUCUUUCUGUCCUUGAUCUCUUUCUCAAUCCAGCUCCGCCGCCGCCGCCUUCACCGCCGUCCCCACAUCACCUAACCAGCCCGCUGAGCAACCCCACAACAACAGCUUGGUACGUACGAACGUCACCAACCCACCGCUCCAAUUCCCCUGGCCAGAAAAAAAAAGGACAGCAAAGCAUCGAUCGAUCUUGUUUGUGCCGUGCCGUGCUGUACGUAGGUCUAUGGCCUAAUCGAGAGACCAUGGACGUCACCGGAGACGCCGCCGGCGGAGGCCGCCGCCUCCCCCUGCAGCUCCUCGAGAAGAAGGAGGAUCAGUCGUACCUGCAGCCGUGCUCCACCUCUCCGGCUGCUGCCGCGCUGGGAGCCGGGGGCACGAACGGACAGCUGCAGCAGGUCGCGAGGAAGGCGUCGGCGGCGCCGAAGCGGACGACGAGCAAGGACCGGCACACCAAGGUGGACGGGCGCGGGCGGCGGAUCCGGAUGCCGGCCAUCUGCGCGGCGCGCGUGUUCCAGCUGACGCGGGAGCUGGGCCACAAGACGGACGGCGAGACCAUCGAGUGGCUGCUGCAGCAGGCGGAGCCGGCCGUGAUCGCCGCCACGGGCACGGGCACCAUCCCGGCCAACUUCACCUCCCUCAACAUCUCCCUCCGCUCCUCGGGCUCCAUGCUCUCCUCCAUCCCGGCCCACCUCCGCGCCGCCGGCCUGCAGACGGGCCUGCUGGGCUCGGGCUCUCGCUUCGGCGGCGGCGCACGGGCCGAGGCGUGGGACCGCUUCAUGGGCCUCGGGUUCGACGGCGGCCCAGCCUCGACCGUCACGUCCUCGUCUUCCUCCCCGCUGCUCCUGAGCUUCCACUCCGGGACCUCCGCGGGGCUGGACGUCUCGCCGUCCUCGUCGUCCGCCGCCGCCAACAACGACCUGUCCAGGAAACGGCGCUGGGAGCAAGAACUGCAGCAGCAGCAGCAGAUGCAAUACCAGCAGCAGAUGGCCGGGUACACGGUCACACAGAGCCAAAUGCCGGGCGGCGGCACGGUAUGGAUGGUGCCGACGACAAGCAACGCGCAGCCCGGAGCCACGCAAGCCGGCGGCGAAUCGAUCUGGACGACGUUCCCGCAACCUGGGAGCGGCGGCGGCGUUGGCGGCGCAGCGGCCGUGUACCGCGGCGUGCCUAGCGGGCUGCAUUUCAUGAACCUCCCGGCGCCCAUGGCUCUGCUGCCCGGCGGGCAAGCCGCUCAGCAUCUGGGCCUCGGCCAGGCCCAGGCCGGCGGUGGUGGAUCAGCUGGGGAGGGGCACAUGGGGAUCCUCGCCGCGCUCAACGCGUACCGUGGACAGCAUGCGGCGGCGGCGUCGGAGGUCACCGUGGCUGGGCAGCACAAUGGAGCAGCUGAAGGGGGCAGCCAGCAUCACCACCAGCAUCAGCAGCACGGCGGCGGCGAGAGGAACGAGAGCAUGAGCGCCAGCGACGACUCGUAGGGCUUCGCCUUCGCGGCCGCUGGUCCGACUCCGACUGGUUUGGCGCAUUUUUUUUCUUUCUGCUUUUGAUUUCUUCUUCUUGGUUUCAUUGAUCUGUUCGCGCGAGCUUGUUACGGCAAUUAGUUUCUCCCAAACACCAGAUUCUUCUUGCAAGGAUAUUGACACGAUUGAAUUGCAUCCCGUUGGCAUCGUCAUCUUUAGAAGCGAGCGAGGAAUUAAGAGAAAGGAAUAACCUUCACCGAUGGAGUAUCUAUAUAUCCAGAGAUCGAGAUUGUUGUUUACGUUC